AUGGGGCGACUUGAACCUUUGACGUCGUUGGCCCUGGGACGCUCGCCUUACGACGAUGUCGUAGAUGGGGAAGGCGAUGAGGACCCGCAUGAGCCAGAGAAACAGUACGACGCCACGGGUCGUGUCAUCAACCCCGAAACGAAGAGAAUCCAUAAGGACGUCAUCCGAGCUCACAACGAGGUCAUGCUUGUCAUAGGAGUAGCUGAACCCGAGCACCAAGGUGUCAGUGCAGCUGAGCUCGAGUCCGCACGCCAGUAUCACGAGUACGAGAGCGACACUGGGAAAACAUUGUACCAUUUUGGCCGUGUGAUCAGCGUUGCCGGUACCUGGGGAAUUCACGGAAUACGGCAACGCAUGCUGGUGUACAAGGAAUGCGCCGGCCUCCCAUUUCUGAAGCUACUGGCCCGCGAGCGCGCAAAUCACUCGUACUUGAAUCUUGGCUUUGCCGGUAUUCCGACCUUCAUUGGCGUGGAAUUAUUGUCCUGGUCUAGGUCAAUACAAGUGGUCAAGGACAGCAGCUGCGUGCGAGCCGCCUUGGCAUAUAUCCGCUUUCACCUACAAAUUUACGUUGCCAUGCAGCGGCUAGACUUGAUACCAGCAUCUCAAUGGGUGCCCAGCCUCGGGUUCUUCGUUCCAUUCUCUCCCUCUUCGCCAUUCGCCGCACUGCCACCUUUGGAGUCUCUCAACACGUCAAAUAUUGCGGCGUGGAUUGGCAAAAUUGCUGUGAAUCUGGCCCCUUGGACUGCAUUUUACUUGGCUGCGCGUUCCUGGGAGUUCAUCAACCCACCAAUACGACGGCAAGUACUGAAGUAUCUACCUCAUCCUUCCCCCGACCCUUUAGCAGCCCUGAGCAAUUUUGUCGCCAAUACAGCUCGAAGACAACCUUUUCCAGAGUCACCAACACUUGGAGCGGCUGAUCGCGAGAUACGGCACACCCAUGAUCCAGAGCCAGACUCUGAUGUGCCAGCUGCCAUGGCACCAGACGGCCAGGCAGCUGGCGAUGCUAUUCCAGUGGGUGCGAUCAGAAGGCAAGGCACAUUUUCAAGUCGAGGUGGGGAAGAGUACGCCACCGACGAGGAGGAUUCAGAGAUGGUCAACCCAACACUUAUUAGCUUCGACGUCGAUACUACCGAAUCGACAGAGCUGCCACCCCCCGGAGCUGGUGUCUGGUCUGCUGAGCUGCGACCGAGCUUCAGUGGGGAUGCCCGACCGCAGCCGAAAGAUGCCCCUAGAUAUAUCGUUAACUCCUUGACGAGUCUUCCUUCUCUCUUGGGCGGGCAAGUCAUCACCAAUUCCAUCGUACGUAUACUGCUUUCACCUCUCGACAUGUUGACGCUACGAGCCGUGGCACGGGCUUUUGCCCGCAAACGUGGCCUACCUUGUGGCGAUAUGUUUACUGUCAAUCUCCUCGACAGCCUAUCACCACGAGUCGGACUCAAUCUCGUCCUGAUAGAAUCACUGAGAUUUCUUGCCUCCUGCGAGAUAUGGGUGGCUUUAACGGUGGUAUCGCAGUGGUUACAUGUCACUGAAGAGGAGUGGAAGGAUAUCAAGAAGGAGGAGGAAGCCGAAGCUGCGACGAGCGACGCGUCCUAG